AUGGAAACAAAAGUCAUCUCCACUGGAAUCCGAUACACAAGCCUCCCAAAAAGUUAUGUCCGGCCAGAAUCCGAAAGACCAAAUCUCUCCCAAGUUGCCGACUGCGAAAACGUUCUGGUAAUUGACUUGGGUUGUGGAGAUAGAAAUCUAAUAGUCCAACAAAUAAGCCAUGCUUGUCAGGAAUACGGCCUUUUCCAGGUGGUAAACCAUGGAGUAUCAAUGGAAGCAAUAGAGAGAAUGGUAGAGGUUGCCCAUGAAUUCUUUGGGUUACCAGUUGAAGAGAAGCUGAAGUUGUACUCUGAUGACCCUUCAAAGACCAUGAGGCUGUCUACCAGUUUUAAUGUGAAAAAGGAAACUGUUCACAACUGGAGAGACUAUCUCAGGCUUCAUUGUCAUCCUUUGGACACGUAUGUCCCUGAAUGGCCCUCCAAUCCUUCUUCCUUCAAGUAAGAACACAAACACCUCUCUCUGUCUCUCUCCAAUAUUGAAUGUAAAGAUAAUAUCACCUAUCAAUAAUAAAUCAACAUAUACACUAAUAUAUACUAGCGUAAACUUAAUAUCACUAAUCAUUAAUAAAUAAACAUGGAUACAUUAUUCCACGCACACUGUAACUAUUUAUGAGCGUAGCGUAGCGUAGUUUGAACGUUGAAGAAUGUGAAGUCAGCUGUUUAUGGCAGGUAACCAUGACUCAGUCCGCUAAUAGUGGGCCCAUAAAUGGAAUUAAAAAAAUAAUAAUGUGAAAGUAAUUGUAUUGAAUAUUUAAACGCAAAUGAUUUUAUAGGUGCAUGUACAAACAAACAGCUCGAAUAUAAAAACGUUUCGAAAACUCAUAAGAAAUAUUAUAAAUUUUCAUCAUUGAUUCAUGAAAUCAUGAUCGUUAUUAGUGCAUAAGUCAAGAAAACAUUUUGGAAAAAUGGGGGGUUUUGUUGUAGUUUAUGUGAUAAGUGUAGUUGACAACGCAUGCGGGGUCGGAGGAGCAUCUCUGACUUUCAGGGAGAAGCUGAUGUCGUUGGAUUGCGCAAGUGGUUAAUCAUUCAAGGAUGCAGUAUGGGUAUAUAUUUGGGGAAGGGAGGAAGUUGGGUGAGCUAUUCCCACUCUAGGAAUAUUUAUUCCUAUUUUAUUUAAUUUUUUAUUAUAAAUUUAUAAAUUUAUUAUUUUUAAAUUUACCUCAUUUGUAACUAAGUUU